GGAAAAAAAAAAAAAAAGAAAAAGAGGAAAAAAAAAAAAAAAGAAAAAGAGGAAAAAAAAAAAAAAAGAAAAAGAGGAAAAAAAAAAAAAAAGAAAAAGAGGAAAAAAAAAAAAAAAGAAAAAGAGGAAAAAAAAAAAAAAAGAAAAAGAGGAAAAAAAAAAAAAAAGAAAAAGAGGAAA